AUCAUCAUCCGCGUCUGAAUAAUGUACACGGUAUGUUAAAGGAAGACCACAUACCAAACUUUACUAACUUUGAGGAGAGAAAAGGGUUUCAUUUUUCUGCGAGGGGUCACCACACCCACAUUUCGAUGAAUUCCCAUUCCCAAUGAAAUGUCGGAGUAAUCUCGUCAACUUGCUUUAUGCGAAGGGCACCCGUCCCACGGGGGAGGGUGAGUCAGCCACGAAAAACCUGCCUUCUUGGUCAGAGAGUCAGCCUAAUUCACUCAACCAACCUAUCAUCCAUCCGUGAUACACUACAGCCGAGCUCUACGUAUGUACGUACGGACAAGCACAAUAAUAAUAAUAAUAAUAAUAAUAAUAGUACUAAAUACUAAUAAUAGUAGUGGUCUGGUAGGACGGAUAAGAAAUUUGGAGAGUAUCAGAUCAGCACCCUCAAAAGGUUGUGGGGAAGGAAGGAAUUUGGUAAUUGGUGGGGACGAAUAAUAUAAUAAGUUACUAAGAGUCGGCAGCUAAGCUAUUGUUAGUAUAACGGUGAAGAUAAACGUCGGCGACGACGAUAAGAUAGAUACCCGGGUGACGACGAGGGGUUUAAUUGCAAGGAUGACGAGGAGGGGGAGGAAGAUGUAAGAAGAAGAAGAAGAAUUAGUUAAUUUGAUGAUCAAAAGUUUGGUUGGUGUUGUUUGUUUGUCGUUCGAGGAUCAAAUUUCGACGAGGAAGGAGAUACGAUUCUUCUACGGGACGGAUGGAUGGACUCGUCGCGAUAUAUUUGUAACGAAGUUUAUAAUUAGAAGGACAGUAUUUUCAUUGGAUUCGUCGUGAGAAGAAGGUGGAUAUCUUGUGGAUUGGAUUGCAUUUAAUUAAACUGUGUGAUCGUUAAUACGUGAAUAAGGUGUGAACUUGUUUUGUGAAUUAAGUGGUGAGAUUAGAAACAGAUAAGCCCAACGAAUUAGUUAAACACUAAUUAAAGUGUCGUUUAUCAUCGUGACAGAACGAAGGAACGAGUCGAAUUUUGAUUGAUCAGAAGAACGGUUCAAUUGUGAAAAAUGAACGGAAUUGGUCACGCGAACCUCCCCCACGGUGGUGGUGUCCCCACGCCCCCUCCCCGUAGCAAUGGACAUCCCUCACCCACCCCACAGCUACAACCUCCUCCUCCCAACAACAUCCUUGACAAUUGUGUACUGGUGAGUCGUCAGGUCACGGAGCAACGGCAGGAAAGAGUGGUCACUCGUACAGAGUUUACGUCGCACAGAAAGGAAGGCGCCCAAGCAGCAGCAGUGUUAAGUCCUCCUUCUCCUUCUCAAGGUGUGACGACGACGAGUAAUGGGCACAACCACACCCAUCACCCCCACCACCACUACGGGCACACGCAACAUCACCACCACCACACUCUCCAGCCCGCAAACGAUCCAUCUCCAUCGCGUGCGAAUCUCUUGAUCCAUUCGCGUUCCAGCUCGUUAACGAAUAACGGGGGAGGUUCCAGCGGUGCGCUGUCGCAUUUGGACCUUAUCUCUUCAGCAGACCCGGCCAGCAGCAAGAAUAAUACGCUCACUAGGAAGACUACGACGACUACGGUGACCACUUCGGAGCGGAAGACGACGAACCUGGUGCGUGAGCUGAUGGGCCCUGAUGGUCAACAGAUGGAGUACACGGCCCGACCCUCCAACAACCCACCUGUGACGGAGUACGUCCCCAAUAACGCGUGCCCUCCUCCCUCCGCCCACUUCCCCCCGGACAACAAUGGACCACAGUACGACCCCACGCUCGUCCAAGACCCGUACGGUUAUACGCGCGGAGCUCUCCCACCCGACCCCGCCGGUCGACGAUACAAUAAUCACCACCAUCUCGGGUACUCGGACUACGAGCAGUAUCCGGAGUACGGGAGUUUCACCGGGGUGGGUGGCAGUGGUGGGUAUCGGCCCUCCACGCCCAGCGAAGCGUCGGACUCUCCUAGUCUAACACGAAAUAACAACUCAGACUACCUGCGUGGCGGUGGCUACCCUCCCGGAGCUUAUGACGACAUGGACUCUGGUGUCGUCCCCAGACCCGAAUAUCUUUCUCCAUCCGCUAAUGCUCAUCCUGGAAAUUAUGGUGUGAGGUGGCGCGACCCCGACCUUCACGAAGUCAUCCAAUUUCUAGGGAAUCAAAACCCCGUGGUGAAAGCGAAUGCGGCCGCCUACCUGCAACACCUCUGCUAUAUGGACGACCCCGUGAAGGCGAAAACCCGCGCGCUCGGCGGAAUCCCCCCACUCGUCGCCCUUCUGAGUCAUGACCAACCCGAAGUUCAUCGAAACGCUUGCGGCGCACUGCGAAACUUAUCGUACGGGCGUCAAAACGAUGAGAACAAGAAGGCAAUCAAGUCCGCGGGCGGGAUUCCCGGUCUGGUCCGACUUCUCAAGAGGACACCCGACAACGAGGUCAAAGAACUCGUCACCGGCGUCCUUUGGAACUUGUCCAGUUGCGAAGAGCUCAAACGCGCCAUAAUUGACGACGGGAUUUUAACCCUCGUCAACAAUAUCAUUAUUCCUCACAGCGGAUGGGAUCGGAACAGUGGGCCGAACAAUCAACACAUUCCGGACGCCUGUUGGUCCACCGUGUUUAAGAAUUCGUCGGGUGUAGUGAGGAACGUAAGUUCGGCGGGUGAAUACGCGAGGAAAAAGUUGCGCGAGUGCGACGGACUUGUCGAAGCUUUACUACACGUCGUGCGAGCCGCCCUGUCUCGAGCGGACAUUGACGACAAGAGUGUGGAGAACUGUGUCUGCAUUCUUCGCAACUUGAGUUAUCGUUGUCAAGAGGUGGAGGACCCGAACUAUGAUAAGCACCCACCCCCCUACGACAAGCAGAGCAGGGCUAACGCGACGCCGGCCAAGGGGGAGAAUUUGGGGUGCUUUGGGGCCAACAAGAAGAAAAAGGAGGCCGCCCUGGUGUCCUCGUCGAGUCCGAAGGAUUCCAGCAAUUCGGUGAAUGCUCAGGGUGGCGGGGGCGGCGGCGGCGGGCCGACACGGUCAAGCAGUCAGCAGAGGACGGAACCCAUUCGGGGAAUGGAGCUCUUAUGGCAGCCGGAGGUUGUGCAGUCCUACCUCGCCCUAUUAUCUAAUUGUUCUAACCCUGAAACGUUGGAAGCGGCGGCGGGCGCGAUACAGAACUUGGCCGCGUGCUACUGGCAGCCCAGCAUUGAGAUUCGCGCAGCAGUGCGGAAGGAGAAGGGGUUGCCCGUGCUGGUGGAACUUCUGCGGAUGGAGGUUGACCGCGUCGUCUGCGCGGUGGCGACCGCCCUCCGAAACCUCGCCCUGGACCAAAGGAAUAAAGAACUCAUUGGGAAAUAUGCGAUGCGGGACCUCGUUCAAAAACUUCCAUCGGGCCGACCCCACGACCAGAACACGUCGGAUGACACGAUUGCAGCCGUGCUCGCAACGCUUAACGAAGUUAUCAAGAAAAAUGCAGAGUUUUCCAGAUCUCUGAUGGAAGCCGAGGGAGUGGAAAGACUGGUUCUCCUCACUCAACAAAAGCGUCGUUUUUCCCCUCGCGCAGUAAAGUUCGCAUCGCAGGUUCUCUACUCCAUGUGGCAGCAUCAAGAGUUGCGCGAAGUGUAUAAAAAAGGGGGUUGGACCGAGUCGGACUUUGUCGCCAAAGGGGCCGGGGCACGAGGUGGGAGUCCCGGACCAAGCGGGAAUGAAGCCAGUUCUGCUGGAUCGCCGGUAAAUGCAAAUUCGACAUUGAAUCGACCCAUGGCAAGUCAAAGUGGGACAAGGUACGAAGACAAAACCAUGACGCGUGGGGGCAGUGGUCAAAAUAACGUUCCAAAAAGCCCACCCCCCAAUUACCCCCAGGGUCACGAAGUCCCCUUGGCGGAUAUGCCUUAUCCCGACGGAGGAUCUCAUGCCCCGCCCUCACACGGCGUCUUCCGCAUGUAUCCGCCCCACCCGGUUAAACCCGGCGAGCCCCUGUACGCGCAAGUAAAUCGUGAAAAGAAGAAGAACCGCGGCAUGUACGAGGGAAACAAUUCUCGCGGCGGUGGCGGCGGUCUUGGUUACGUGGGCGGAGGAGGAGGAGGAGGAGGCUACUGGUCCGAACAUGACGGUCCCCUCAUGACCACACCCCCCACCCAUUCCGCCCAACAACCCGGUGGUGACUCGUGGGUUUGACAGUGAACUUUACAUACUUUCUACCACCAAGCUCAAUCAAUCAUUCAGACGGAGGAGGGAGGGAGGGGGACAAGAUUCCAGGAAAUUCUAUACCCAGCAGCUGGAAACAUGAAUUAAAAUACGGACGAAAUAGGACGUUAUCUUCGAGGGAUUAACAUUUAUUGAGGGAAACCCAUCACGAAAUUAUCCGCAGUUGUUCAAGUGUCAUAUAGUAUAAUUUGACAUUCCUUGUGUCAUGAUAAGUGUAGAAUUGUGAGCGGUGUGACGUGGUCAGUUUAAUACUUAAGUAAUUCUAAUGUCUGCCUGUUGGCUUGUAAGUGCAGUGUAGUCGUCGUCGUCGUCGUCUAUAGAAGAUGAUAAGUAGUUGUUCUACUGCUGAUGCUACUGCUCUUUUUUGUGGUUGUUAUCGUACAUACAUAUUUAGUAGAUAGUAAAUAUUAGUGUGAUGUGAUUUCUUCAUGAUAAGCUAAGCUAAGGAUAAGUAAGAUAAGAGCAAGAGCACUGAAAAAAUUAUUCAAUGACUGAACACAUGAGAAAAAUUUCUACUCAUUCCUGACGACAGGACUGACUGACUUACUUACUUACACACACAGAUAAUUCUCUCCUCGACUUAAUUAGUUAAUUAAUUACUUAAUUGCACACAACUUUUGGCGGCACAGUUUCCUUUAAAUGUGGAGAGGAGCAAAUUUUAGUCUCCUUACUUACUUUGUCUCUCUCUCUCUCUCUCUCUCAUCUGUGUACUUAAAUAAGAAGAAAUUAAAUUAACUACAAAUUUAAUUAGCCAUCUUUUUACUAAAGAAACAGCACUGAUUACCGUUAAGAAGAAGAAUUGAACAAAAUUAAUGUUACACUAAAACAGACUGCACUCAAAAAAAUAUACUUAACAAACCACUCACUUUACCUUUUCUCACUCGGCAAGAUAAGAUGUAGCUAAGUUAAUAGGUACGUGUCGAUAAGGUAUUUACUAUUUGAAUAAGGAAAAGGAGCCAUAUUACUUAUCAUUAUUGAUUUGAUUUUCGAUCUUUUGUUGUGCAAUAUUUGUAGUGAGAGGAAAGAUGAGUGAUUGAAAAUGCUUUCUUAAAAUGUGAAGUAUUUUGACCACUGUUGUUACCAGUGUUUGGAUUUCCGGGGGUGUUACACCCACAAAAAGAUGAAAAUUUACGUGGAUAAGGCAAUCCUCAGUCGAAAAUACGGGUUUUGUGGAGAAAUUAACUUGUAAUCUCUGCCAAACUAUAUUGUUUUUCGCGACGUUUUAAAAAUACAGUAUUUUGACAACGAUAAGAACUUAAGUUCUUCACAAUACCUGUAUUUUCGAUUGACGACUGUCUUAUCCACGUAGAUUCUUAUCUUUUUGUGGGUGUAACACCCCCAGAAAUCCAAACCCUGGUAUGAAGAUCGGAGCUCAAAAUAGUAUACAUUUUGACAAGUAUUUUGGUCACCUCUUAUCAGUUUUUGACAAUCUUUUACAAAACUUGUCAGAAGAAGAAGAAAGGUUACUUUGUUUCGUUCUUGUCUCUCUAUUUGUGAUGAUGUUUGAAGAUGAAUAUUUAGCGAGUUUUUUCAUAUUACAUAAUCUUAAAAACUUAUUGGACAGUCCAAUUUGGACUGGAAUGUAUAAUGAAAUGAAAUGAAAUGAAUGACUUGAGCAAUAAUAGCUGAGAUUUUGUGGUCGUAGUACUUAAACAACGUUAGUUUCUUACUUAAUAACUUAUUAAUUACUAUGUAUGCUAAAUCUCUUUGUUAUUAAUUGAUACCAAUCCCACCGACCGACUCACAAAGUAAUUUUUAAUGAAUUAAUUAAUUGUUAAACGUACGUACGUAUGGCUGGUAUUAUUAAGUAAUUACUUUUUACUCAUUACUCCUGUAUUAUUAUCCGUCUUUCAGAAAUAUGUUGGUUUCCUAUUUCAAAAUCUUGAUCGAUUUUUUCGGUUAAUUACUUUUUUCCAAGUAUCAAAAGUUCCUAGUGUUCCUUUUCUGUUGCGUACGAUUCCAUAAAAAUGAAAAUGAAGGUUGUUUAUACUUAACGAUGACGGAUCAGCAAAAUCAACACGUUUUUAAUGAUUUCUCCUCUCUGGGAAUUUAUUUUAAAAUUCUGGACGACAAAUUUGUAGUCAGCGAGUUGAUUAAUGAAUUGGUGAUUUGUUCUUAACGAGUUUCGACGGGUUCCAAUUUUUCUGAAGGUUUCUUAACCAUGAGAUCUCCACUUUCAAAAAGCGUCAAAAUUUGGAGUGUACACGACCCUACAAAUUUGUCGUCCAGAAUUUAAAGUAAGUUCCCAGAGGGGAGAAAUGAUUAAAAAUUUGCUGGUUUUAACGAUAAGUCGUACGUUUUGGCUGUCCCGUUCUCAAGAUUGAGAAACAUAUUCCUUUUCGACUGUGAAACUGCGAACAUUAUUCAAUUUCCGCUAUAAUUUUUUUUUCGCCAAUUCUUAUUUCAAAUAUUGACACGCUUCUUAAUGCAAUAAGUAACAAAAGUAAUUUCCCACCACGGAUAAAUUAUUAAACUUAAAAGUCAAUCCUGCUUCCAAAACUUGGCAAUUUUAUUUUUUCCAAGUAAAAAAAAAUGCUGCUCAUUCUCAGGUCUCUCGGUCUUAGGAAACUUAUAAAAGAAAAAUUAGGAAACGCUAUAGUUUUUGUAAACUAGAAGAAAUGAAACGAAGGAUUACGAAGCUCUCGGAGGAGGAGGUGAUGAUGAUUAAAUAUCAUGAAGAAUUUUUUACUGCUGAACUAAUUAAUUAGCUAAAUAAUUACUUAAUUAUACUUACUUUUUCCAUUGCGAAGUUAAUUUUUACUUUUCGUACAAUCAUUUAAUUAUUAUCAAGGUAUUUUUAUUAAUAGUUUAUACUUAAUUAAUUAGCCGGAAAAGAAGAGAGAGCAUUUUAUAUAUUUAUCAAUCAAACCGGGACAUAUUAUUUAUCACUUUUGUAUCAUGAUGAAAGGUUAAUUUUAAUGAAUUACUUAAUUAAUUAAUGUAUAGUGAUAAUUAUAAUGCUAUAUAAUUGUACGAGUUUUGUAUGCAUUAAUGGUCAAAUCUACAUUUUAUUUCGUAAGAAUUAUACAAGAAUUUACGAAAUUGUACAAAUUAUCUAUGAUUCACAGUUUUACAUACGUGAAGAGAUUAAGAUUAAAAAAGAUGGUACAUAAAUAUCUACUUGGUCGUCGUCGUGUCUCCUCCUUAUCAUCGUCAUUAAUUACGUAAUAAUUAAUUAAUUAAUUCUUGUUACAUAUUAAAUUAAACCUAGUUAGUUAACUUGUUACUGCUGAAUCUAAAACUGUGUACAUGUACUUGAACCUGUUGUGUAGUUUGUUGUAAUGUAAAGUAAAGUAACUAGUUAUCAUAAAUUAAAUACCCUGUUCCGGAGCUACUUGUUAUGUAAAUUAUUAAAUAAUUACCUUAAUCAUAGUUAUGUAUCGGAUUUAAUGAGUAUGUAUAAUGGCACAUUUUUACCUGUAACUCUGUCUCUUCGCCGUCACGUCGUACUUUGUAAUCAUGAGUUGCGUAAUGAUAAGAUCUCUACUCUUGGAGGGGGGAGUUCUGUUUUUUUUUCUACGGGGGAACAAAAUCCUGGAAACGGACCUUAAAAAACGGAAGGGUUGUCCCCAGCUUUUGUAAACUUUGACGGGUACAGAAUCGUGGGGAUGAUGUCCCCCAAGAGAAGAAAUGAAUCUUAAAAAUCUUAUUAAACUCGGUCACACAAUGUUAUUGUCCCCACGAUUCUACUAAUUGUUCUCGUCGAUAAGAUUGAGGUCAGCCUAUCAUUACGCAACUCUGACACGAUUGACGCGCAGAUGUUAAUUUAUUUCUGAUUGAAUUUGAAGAAGGUGAAAAUUAUUCCACAAUUCUCAACUAAAAUUAUUACGUAAAUAAUUAAGUGAAGAAGAUAAGCCGGCUGCUGCUGGUGAGGAGUAGAAAACUACGAAAUUAGUGACGAUGAGAGAUGAUCUAUAGCUAGUUAAAAAAGGAAAUUAAUACUUUAUCAUCAAUUAUUGUUGUAAUAUCCAAAUGUAAAAGUUAAUUAGGUUUAACUUUAAAUUAUCGUUAUGUUAAGUGUUACAUUCUAAUAAAGGUUCGACACAUGUUAAA